GCGCAUGUAGCUCGGCCGCAGCUCGCUCCAUUCACGCCGCGCCCCGCAAGGCCGCCCGCGGCCCCCGGCCCCCUGUGCCCCGCGAGAGGCCUGCAGACCCCGGUUGCAGCCGGUCCCCGGGGGCCCGCGCCCCUCUCGCCCCGGCCUCGCGCCGCCUGGGGGGCGCUGCAAAUAGUCCUUUGUUUACAUGCAAUUCCUUACUCCGCGGAAGGAGGCCGGGGGAGUGCUGAGUUUUCACCAGCUGUUUCCCGCCUUGAAACAGACAUCUGAUCAGCUGCAAACACACACACACACACACACACACACACAUACACACGCCCGGGGAGGCAGGCCGGAGAGACCUCCCUCCCGCCCCUCCCGCCCGCCUCCCUCCCCUCGCCGCCGCCGCCGCCGCCGCCGCCAGCAUCUGGGACCGGCCGAUUCUGCACCUCCGUCCGGCGCUGCCCUUUGAUUCGGAUUUCCAUCUUGCAUUCUCCGGCUGAUCGCGGGACCUGGCUCGUGCAGAGGAGGGGGGCCGAUCGCUAUGGAGUAUUUCAUGGUGCCCACUCAGAAGGUGCCCUCUUUGCAACAUUUCAGGAAAACAGAGAAAGAAGUGAUAGGAGGGCUCUGUAGCCUUGCCAACAUUCCACUAACCCCCGAGACUCAGCGGGACCAGGAGCGGCGGAUUCGGCGGGAGAUCGCCAACAGCAACGAGCGGAGACGCAUGCAGAGCAUCAACGCGGGAUUCCAGUCCCUCAAGACCCUCAUCCCCCACACAGAUGGAGAGAAGCUCAGCAAGGCAGCCAUUCUCCAGCAGACAGCCGAGUACAUCUUCUCCCUGGAGCAGGAGAAGACCAGGCUCUUGCAGCAGAACACACAGCUCAAGCGCUUCAUCCAGGAGCUGAGCGGCUCGUCCCCCAAGCGACGGCGGGCAGAGGACAAGGACGAAGGCAUAGGCUCCCCAGACAUCUGGGAGGACGAGAAGGCGGAGGACCUGCGGCGGGAGAUGAUUGAGCUGCGGCAGCAGCUGGACAAGGAGCGCUCGGUGCGCAUGAUGCUGGAGGAGCAGGUGCGCUCGCUGGAGGCCCACAUGUACCCGGAAAAGCUCAAGGUGAUUGCGCAGCAGGUGCAGCUACAGCAGCAGCAGGAACAGGUGAGGCUGCUGCACCAGGAGAAGCUGGAGCGGGAACAGCAGCACCUGCGGACCCAGCUUCUGCCCCCUCCGGCCCCCACCCACCACCCCACAGUGAUCGUGCCAGCACCGCCUCCUCCUCCCUCCCACCACAUCAAUGUCGUCACCAUGGGCCCCUCCUCGGUCAUCAACUCUGUUUCCACAUCCCGGCAAAAUCUGGACACCAUCGUGCAGGCAAUCCAGCACAUCGAGGGCACCCAGGAAAAGCAGGAGCUGGAGGAGGAGCAGCGGCGAGCUGUCAUCGUGAAGCCUGUCCGCAGCUGCCCGGAGGCCCCCACCUCUGACACCGCCUCUGACUCCGAGGCCUCAGACAGUGAUGCCAUGGACCAGAGCCGGGAGGAGCCGUCGGGGGACGGGGAGCUUCCCUGACUACCCCCCCAGCCCUCCUCUCCCUUCUGGGGGCUGGAGGGAGCCGGGGCAGCCACAGGGAGAGACAUGGGCGAAUGAGUGAGAAAUUUUUACAAAAUUACGAUGUCAUUUGGGUCUCUUUUAUGACCUCUUUUUCAAUACUGUAAAUCGACCUUUGAACGAAGCCACUCAACCCGAGGUCCCGGGGCUGGGGUGUCGCAGAGCGUGUGGGAGCAUCGGGACCCCAGGGCUGGGCCUCGGCCCCGGGGGCUGGGGGAAGCUGACACGGAGAUGCCUGGCCUCUCUCUGCCAAAAAGCAUUUUUUCCUUUAAAUAUGUUUUUUAAGAACAGGGAAAAUUAAACAAAACCCCAGGUUAUUUCUUCCCUGCCCAGAGCCAGCCUGGGAUUGUCAGCCUUCAAUCCCCUUUCCCUCCUCUUUUUGGGUUUUCUUCUUUCUCUUUUAAGCACUUACAUGGUUGGGGGUAAGACUAGGCUGGGGCGUUCUGGGGGCCCGGAGGUCUCCGUUGCUUCUCGGUUGGGGUUUGCUGCUGCUGUGCCCCCCUCCCCCUUCCCCAUCUCGGCACUAGAAUUCGCCACUCUCCCACCCCCCAGCCCCCACCUCUGCCUCCAGGUCUCAUCUUCCACCCCAAAAAUGUCUGUCUCUCUCUUUUUGUUUUGUUUGUUGUUGGUUUUUUAUUUCUUUUUGGUUUGCUUUCUGUUUUUGUUUUUCUUUUUUUUUUUUUUUUUACAAUUUUGAGGUCUUCGUGUUCAAGGAGAAGCUAUUAUAUUUUGUUAAGAAAGUGGGGAGAAAAAAACCAAGAGGCCACCGUGCCUUUGUAAAGAAACAAAAUAAAGUUUGUACUUUGUUUUUUA